AUCGCUGUGUCUUCGAUGCAGGGACCCCGGAUGUAUAUGGCGUCUGACGAUUGGAAAAACUUAAACUUAAACUUCCAGAUUCGUUUCGUUGAAAGAAAGGGCUGAUUCAGCUCUGUUAUAUCUAAUCUCCUGUAGAUCAUUGCAUUGAUGGUAAUGCAUGCUAGGAAACUACCAAGACUGGAUGAUGGGUAUUUCGAUAAACAUCAGUCCCAUCCCUACCAGGCCAGUACCAAAUACGGUAAUUCCAAAGGAAACUAUGAUCGAUACAAUGAUCGAACACGGGACUCGCCCAACGGUACGGGACUACGAUCUGACAGCCCGAACUCCUUUGGUGACAGUCCCAGAGACAGAAGCUAUGUGCACAAAGGCUCUUAUGCGCAACGGAUACGGGACAAAGAAAGAGACAGAGACAAUCGGUCUCCUCGUGAACGGGAACGACCACGGGACUCGGAUAGACGCAAUAACCACGAUCGGGGAUCUACAGAGGAAAAGCCUCUACGAGUUGGUGACUGGACAGAGCACGUCAGUUCUUCGGGAAAGAAAUAUUACUACAAUUGCAAAACCGAAGUCUCUCAAUGGGAGAAGCCUCGCGACUGGGUCGAUUGGGAAAAGGACAAGGAACAUGAGCGUGACCGGGAACGUUACAGACGUGAUAGGGAUCGUGAUCGUGAAAGAAAGUACGACCGACCUUCUUACUCGUCGUCUCGAAACAGUAGCAGCGGUCCGUCGGAUAGACAUUCCAAUUUUAGUCGUUCUGGUACUAUGUCGAAUAGUAACAACAACAGUGGCAGUAGCAGCAAUAUGACAUCUUCUCGUUCAGAAAGCAGAGAUAAUCAUAGAACUCACCAACCUCAGCCCUCGAUGCCGGAGCAGCCGCAAUCCAGAAGACACAGCUAUGAGCGACCUAGCCAAGAUAUGGACAUUUCCCCGGCGGAUAGUACGCCAACUUCGGAGGCCUCCGGGCCGAAAGUUGCCACUCCAUACACGCCGGAUCCACGAUUAACACCCACUACAACUGUAUCUGCUGCGCCCGUCUCAUUAGCAACUGCUCUGCCACGUCUCUUGUCUCAUCCGCCGACCAGCACUCCCGUACAACUCACAAGACCUUCCUCCCAAACUCCAAAUGCCUCAACCAGUCGGGCUCCUAGUUUGAUGUCGCCGUUACAAACGGGUUCUUCGAUGCCGACGACGGCGGCAACAGCUACAACGACCAGUCUCUCAUCCCUCCAGCAGCUUUUAACCCAGUUAACACGAUCAUCCGUUUCAGGAUCUGCCAUUCAGAUCAAUCCUGCGAUACAAUCUAUGCUUGCGUCGACCUUAGGACGAAUGGGGAAUAUCACUGCUCUAGGUUCGUUACAAAAUUUGGAACAUAUGGAGCUACCUGCACACGAGGUCUUGCAGUCGUUGCAGACAUUGCUUUCCUCGUCGCAGAUCGCUGUUCCCGCCUCGAAUGUGGCGACACUACCAAAGAAUAUGAACUCGCUCGGAGCAUCGUCUUCACACCUGCAGGAUGGCUGCCACGCUCUGUCGACGCCGAUGCCAUUAGAAGGCGAUCCUGCUAACGGUCCUCCCACGCCUACUCAUUCAGAAAGACUCGAAGCUGACUUUCGUCGAGGGAGUCCGGCAACGAGUUUGAGUUCUCUGUCAGCGGCAGCGGCCAGUUUACGGCCAUCCGCUGCAUCCAGUCAUGCGUUGACACCUUCACUAGCAUCCCAUUAUCGACCAGAUUUAAUUUCUCACGUGACCGGAUGGCCGGCGGAGCUAUUAGAGAAACAGGCGACGAAAGUGAGCGAAGAUUUGCAUACUAUUGGCAAUCUUCAUGUAACUAAAGUCUCGGCCGAGCUGAAGAUGGCUCGUUCUUUGGUUCGGGUGGCUGAUAUUCAAGCCACUCUGCAGGAACAACGGAUCCUCUUCUUAAGGCAACAGAUGAAAGAGCUGGAGGAGUUGAAGCCGCCCAAUCAUUUUAUGUCAGACUGAAUUUUUUCUCACCGGGAGGAAAAAUCAUCUUCGCUCGUCUUCUUUCGUCUUUAAACCACCAGAAUUCUUUUUUUUUUCUUUUUUUUUAUACAUAUAUAUACUCUCGCGAAACCGUUCUGUAUUUCCUCGGUGAAAUCUUUUUCCUUCUAUGGUUUUUUGUUCUCCCCUCUUCGUCGGAGCGAAGCAACACGUCAAAAGACGGCCGUUGCAGGUACGUUGAAUGCAUUGCGACUCAGAAAGAUGGUGGUAUCUCUCAUCAGUAAGAUAACAAAAA